GCCCCCCCCGCGCCCGCGGCCCCAAGCGGUUCCCGAGUCCAGGCCCGCGCCGAGCCCAGGUGAGCGCCCGCCCCGGGGACCCCGGUCCCCGGAACCCCGGUCCCCGCCCGCCGCCCCGCCUCUUCGCCCCGGAGCCGGGGGCCAGCGCUUGCGCUCGCAGGUCUCGGACCCGGGCCCGGCACGUUAGGGGUUGGGGGUCGGCAAGCGUGGCCAGAGGCACUGCCCGGGGGCCGGAGCACACCUCGUCCUUCUCUCGUCCCACAACCGCCCCUUCCCUGCUCGCCGCGGGUUCCCACUGUGUGCCAGUCCCCCUUCCCGGGCUGCAAGGUCUGGCGGGGCACCGGGACGGAGCCGGUGAGGCUGCUGGCACCGGCCACCGGCUUCCUGGAGAGAGGGAACUGCACGUGCAGAGGCGGGGAGAGUGGACAGAUGCUUGUGCCUGAGCUCCGUGGAGGAGGGGAGAGCGCGGAGCCCCCACACUGGAAGGCAGGACUGGAAUCAGAUGCCACCCCUAGGACGCCUGGAAGCCACUGGGAGCCCGAUCUGGGCAGGAGCCCUUUAUGAGGCAGUGGGGGCAGGUGGGCCAGAGGUGGAGGAGUGGAGGGAGGACCCUGCCUAGCCUGCACACAGGGCGGGUGCCAGGAGCCCUGCGACGGUGAGGUGGAGCAGUGGCCCCUCAGUGAGAUGGGGUAAUCCAGUCCCUCUUCACAGGUCCUGGGGUCCCUGGGACAGACAGACUCCUGCAGAGUCCAGUUAGCACUGGACUCUGCUAGAACUUUUCUGCAGUGGGCAGCUCAUGGGCAAGGAACAGCACUCUGGCAUUCUGCACAAACCUGGGGGGCCCCUACUGCCCUGCCCCUAGCAAGGACCUUUGCCUUUGAGUGGGGAGACUGGGCUCCAAGUCGAUCUAGCACACAGUAGGCCGAAGGCACAGGGGCCCCACCCAGUCUUCUUCCUGGCCCAGGCCCUGGGGGAUUCAGGCCCCUGGGUACUCGGGAAGGGACAGCACAGCCUGGGCAGGUCCCCAGUGGCAAGACCAGGUCUGACCUUUUCUGGGAUCUGUGGCCUAGCAGGUGAGGCCUGAGGUCAGCCAGGAAGGAAGUGGGCAGGGCUGAGCCAGGGCUGAAGCCAGGACCCAGGGAGGGGCUGCCUAGUGCCCAGGGAGGGGGCAGGUGGGGCAGGUGGCAGUUGAGUUUUACAGACCUUCCUUGGUGACAAGUGGGGGAAGAGCCAAGGCACACCCCAGUGGCUGUGGGAGUCACUGGCUCCUCCCCUGUAAUGGGCACCUCGAGGGCUGACAGGCGCAGGGGCCAGGCACCAAUGGUCUCUCUCCAACCUGGCCUUUUGUUUCCACCCCUCGCUCUCAGGCACCCACCCACAGCCCUUCUGGGAUCUGGGCCAGACCAGGUGGGCCUCAGCCCCACCUCAAGUGAGACUUCAGGAAGAAGUUCCAGAGGAAACUGGAGGAUGACAGUGGGAUGGACUGUGGGAAGGUCAUUUGUAAACAAGGCAGCUAUGCCUGUGCCCUGGGCCUUCCAAAGUCCUACCUGUAGGCUGCAUCUUCUGCAAGGCCCACCCUGUAGCCUGGAAGGCACCUGGGCUACAGUGAUCUCUUUGCUGUGCAGGUGUCCCUCCCCCAGGGCACCUUACAGGGCCUUAGGGUGAUAUGGGGGCUUUCUGGGUCCCUGCCCAUCUUAAAACUGAUGAAGGUGGGAGGGUGGGGUAGGAGGCCACAGGGAUACCCCUGCUGCUUGACCUUGAUGGGACCUUGGCCCCUUGCUUUCCCCAUCUGCUGUUGGGCAAGACCGCAGCACCACAGGCCUAGCGGGCAUUUGUGAAUGGCUGGAGUCGGGGGUAGGGGGAGCUCAUGGCUGCUGGGCACAGGCGUGGCAGGGCUAUGUGCCCGGCUUCUCUUUCCCCUAACCCCAUCAGGGCCGGGCUGGCCGCCCACUUCUGUUCACCACAGAGCUGGGUUUCCCUGGGGACCAGUGGACUGGCCCAGCCCCACACCACCCCCCAGCCCCUCCUGGCCACAGCUUGAGCUGGGAGGAGGGUUGAGGCUGGGCCGCCUCCUGGACCCCUGCCCUGCCUGCCCGGCCUUCCAAGGCCCGGCAGCCUCAGUCCACUGCUGGGCCUGGAACAUGGAGCAGUGGCUGCCCUGAGAGGAGGUCCUAGAGCAGCUCCAGCAGGAUGGCAUCUCCAGCAUCUCUAAGGCCUUCACGGGGUCCAGCCCCAUGGGGGGCGCCCUAGGCCUCCGACAGCUCCCCAUCUGUGCUCCUGCCUGCCGGCCAUCUUCAGGCCACAAGCCAUGGGUGGCUGUUUCUCCAAGCCCAAACCAGUGGAGCUCAAGAUCGAGGUGGUGCUGCCUGAGAAGGAACGAGGCAAGGAGGAGCUGUCGGCCAGUGGGAAGGGCAGCCCCCGGGCCUACCAGGGCAACGGCACGGCCCGCCACUUCCACACGGAGGAGCGCCUGCCCACCCCUCACCCCUACCCCAGCCCUCAGGAUUGCGUAGAGGCUGCUGUCUGCCACGUCAAGGACCUCGAGAAUGGCCAGAUGCGGGAAGUGGAGCUGGGCUGGGGGAAGGUGUUGCUGGUGAAGGACAAUGGGGAGUUCCACGCCCUGGGCCAUAAGUGUCCGCACUACGGCGCACCCCUGGUGAAAGGCGUUCUGUCCCGUGGUCGGGUGCGCUGCCCCUGGCACGGUGCCUGCUUCAACAUCAGCACUGGGGACCUGGAGGACUUCCCCGGCCUGGAUAGUCUGCACAAGUUCCAGGUGAAGAUUGAGAAGGAGAAGGUGUACGUCCGGGCCAGCAAGCAGGCCCUACAGCUGCAGCGAAGGACCAAGGUGAUGGCCAAGUGUAUCUCCCCAAGUGCUGGGUACAGCAGUAGCACCAAUGUGCUCAUUGUGGGCGCAGGUGCAGCUGGCCUGGUGUGUGCAGAGACACUGCGGCAGGAGGGCUUCUCCGACCGGAUCGUUCUGUGCACGCUAGACCGGCACCUUCCCUAUGACCGUCCCAAGCUCAGCAAGUCCCUGGACACACAGCCUGAGCAGCUGGCCCUGAGGCCCAAGGAGUUUUUCCGAGCCUAUGGCAUCGAGGUGCUCACCGAGGCUCAGGUGGUCACAGUGGAUGUGAGGAACAAGAAGGUCGUGUUCAAGGAUGGCUUCAAGCUGGAGUACAGCAAGCUGCUGCUGGCGCCAGGGAGCAGCCCCAGGACUCUGAGCUGCAAAGGCAAAGAAAUGGAGAACGUGUUCACCAUCCGGACGCCAGAGGAUGCCAAUCGCGUGGUGAGGCUGGCCCGAGGCCGCAAUGUGGUCAUCGUGGGAGCCGGCUUCCUGGGGAUGGAGGUGGCCGCUUACCUGACAGAGAAGGCCCACUCCGUGUCUGUGGUGGAGCUGGAGGAGACGCCCUUCAGGAGGUUCCUGGGGGAGCGCGUGGGUCGUGCCCUCAUGAAGAUGUUUGAGAACAACCGGGUGAAGUUCUACAUGCAGACUGAGGUGUCGGAGCUGCGGGGCCAGGAGGGAAAGCUGAAGGAGGUUGUGCUGAAGAGCAGCAAGGUCGUGCGGGCUGACGUCUGUGUGGUGGGCAUUGGUGCAGUGGCCGCUACAGGCUUCCUGAGGCAGAGCGGCAUCGGUCUGGAUUCCCGAGGCUUCAUCCCUGUCAACAAGAUGAUGCAGACCAAUGUCCCAGGCGUGUUCGCAGCUGGUGAUGCCGUCACCUUCCCCCUUGCCUGGAGGAACAACCGGAAAGUGAACAUUCCACAUUGGCAGAUGGCUCAUGCUCAGGGGCGCGUGGCAGCCCAGAACAUGUUGGCGCAGGAAGCGGAGAUGAGCACCGUGCCCUACCUCUGGACCGCCAUGUUUGGCAAGAGCCUGCGCUACGCAGGCUACGGAGAAGGCUUCGACGACGUCAUCAUCCAGGGGGAUCUGGAGGAGCUGAAGUUUGUGGCUUUUUACACUAAAGGCGACGAGGUGAUCGCCGUGGCCAGCAUGAACUACGAUCCCAUUGUGUCCAAGGUCGCUGAGGUUCUGGCCUCAGGCCGUGCCAUCCGGAAGCGGGAGGUGGAGCGCAGCAAGCACACAGUGGUGGCCUAUAAAGAUGCCAUUUAUGUAUUUGGUGGAGACAAUGGGAAGACCAUGCUCAAUGACCUCCUGCGGUUCGAUGUGAAAGACUGCUCCUGGUGCAGGGCCUUUACCACUGGGACCCCGCCGGCCCCCCGUUACCACCACUCGGCCGUCGUCUAUGGGAGCAGCAUGUUUGUCUUUGGGGGUUACACUGGGGACAUUUAUUCCAAUUCUAACUUGAAGAAUAAAAAUGACCUCUUUGAAUACAAGUUUGCAACUGGCCAGUGGACGGAGUGGAAAAUUGAAGGACGGUUGCCAGUCGCUAGGUCAGCCCACGGGGCCACGGUGUACAGUGACAAGCUGUGGAUCUUUGCUGGCUAUGACGGCAAUGCCAGGUUGAAUGACAUGUGGACAAUUGGCCUCCAGGACCGAGAGCUCACCUGCUGGGAGGAGGUGGUCCAGAGUGGUGAGAUCCCCCCGUCUUGCUGCAACUUCCCCGUGGCGGUGUGCCGGGACAAGAUGUUUGUGUUCUCCGGGCAAAGCGGAGCCAAGAUAACCAACAACCUCUUCCAGUUUGAAUUCAAGGACAAGACGUGGACACGCAUCCCAACUGAACACCUGCUCCGGGGUUCCCCACCACCCCCGCAGCGGCGCUACGGGCAUACCAUGGUGGCCUUUGACCGCCACCUCUAUGUGUUUGGGGGUGCGGCCGAUAACACGCUGCCUAAUGAGCUGCACUGCUAUGACGUGGACUUCCAGACCUGGGAGGUCGUCCAGCCCAGCUCCGACAGCGAGGUCGGUGGGGCUGAAGUGCCCGAGCGAGCCUGUGCUUCCGAGGAGGUGCCCACCCUGCCCUUUGAGGAGCGAGGCGGCUUCAAGAAGUCCCGAGAUGUGUUCGGCCUGGACUUUGGCACCACCUCAGCCAAGCAGCCCGCCCAACCCGCCUCGGAGCUGCCCAGCGGGAGGCUCUUCCACGCAGCUGCUGUCAUCUCGGACGCUAUGUACAUCUUCGGGGGCACGGUGGACAACAACAUCCGCAGCGGGGAGAUGUACAGGUUCCAGUUCUCCUGUUAUCCUAAGUGCACGCUGCACGAGGACUAUGGGCGGCUGUGGGAGAGCCGCCAGUUCUGCGACGUGGAGUUCGUGCUAGGUGAGAAGGAGGAGUGCGUGCAGGGCCAUGUAGCCAUUGUCACAGCGCGGAGCCGCUGGCUUCGCAGGAAGAUCAUGCAGGCACGGGAGCGGCUGGCCCAGAAGCUGGAGCAGGAGGCCGCCUCAGUUCCCAGGGAGGCCCCCGGCGUGGCUACUGGUGGGACCCGGCCGCCCCUGCUGCAUGUGGCCAUCCGGGAGGCCGAGGCCCGGCCCUUCGAGGUGCUCAUGCAGUUCCUUUACACCGACAAGAUCAAAUACCCACGGAAAGGCCACGUGGAGGAUGUGCUGCUCAUCAUGGAUGUGUACAAAUUGGCACUGAGCUUCCAGUUGUGUCGCCUGGAGCAGCUGUGCCGCCAGUACAUCGAGGCCUCCGUGGACCUGCAGAACGUGCUGGUCGUGUGCGAGAGUGCCGCCCGGCUGCAGCUGAGCCAACUCAAGGAGCACUGCCUGAACUUCGUGGUGAAGGAGUCCCACUUCAACCAGGUGAUCAUGAUGAAGGAGUUUGAGCGCCUCUCCUCGCCGCUGAUUGUGGAGAUUGUGCGGCGGAAGCAGCAGCCACCCCCUCGCACUCCCUCGGACCAGCCAGUGGACAUUGGCACGUCUCUGAUCCAGGACAUGAAGGCAUACCUGGAGGGGGCGGGCGCAGAGUUCUGUGACAUCACGCUGUUGCUGGAUGGGCACCCACGGCCAGCCCACAAGGCUAUCCUGGCCGCCCGCUCCAGCUACUUUGAAGCCAUGUUCCGGUCCUUCAUGCCCGAGGACGGGCAGGUGAACAUCUCCAUCGGGGAGAUGGUGCCCAGCAGGCAGGCCUUUGAGUCCAUGCUGCGCUACAUCUACUACGGCGAGGUCAACAUGCCACCCGAGGACUCGCUCUACUUGUUUGCGGCCCCCUACUACUACGGCUUCUACAACAACCGGCUGCAGGCGUACUGCAAGCAGAACCUGGAGAUGAACGUGACGGUGCAGAACGUGCUGCAGAUCCUGGAGGCAGCUGACAAAACGCAGGCGCUGGACAUGAAGCGGCACUGCCUGCACAUCAUCGUGCACCAGUUCACCAAGGUCUCCAAGCUGCCCACGCUGCGGUCACUGAGCCAACAGCUGCUGCUGGACAUCAUAGACUCCCUGGCCUCCCACAUCUCAGACAAGCAGUGCGCAGAGCUGGGUGCUGACAUCUGAGGCCCUAUAGCGCCUGCCCAUUGUGAAGAAUUGCCAUGCCUGCCUGCCCUGCCCACUGAGAAGACUUCUGGCUAUGCGUCUGCCUAUGGCAGAGUGGGUGCACCUGCCAGGCCAAGGGUCAGGGUGCCCAGAGCCUCCAAAGAGAGCUGAGGGGAUGUGAGGCCCCAAUCUCCUCAAUUCACUGAAGACACAGGUCCCACAGAGAGCAGAUGAUGAAGCAGACCCCCCUCCCCUGUCAUCACCCUCUCCUGAUGUGGUGUGGAUGUGAGGCCAUGGCUCAGUGAUGGGCUCACCACCCAGAAGUGGGGAGAGACCUUGGGCCUCCCACCCAGUGGUGCUUGGCCUGGAUCCUGUGGUCUGGGUGUGUUGUGGACCCAGGCACUGGGGCCUGUCACCAAGGCUCCUCCAACAUGCAGGAGGAGGCUUAGCAGACUUGCGCUGCACCACGUAAUCUGCCUGGGCUGCUCCUGUCCCGCCCACCCUCACCGAGAUCCAUUUAAGGAGCUCCUUUUCCCACCUGGAACUUAUGAGUGUGGACUCAUAUGUGGGUCUCACCUGACUGGAGGUGAAUUCUGAGGUCACCUCCCAGGUCGGUCGUGCUGGGCCAGGCCUGGUUUUCACAGGGGCUGAAGGAUCCCAGUCCACCUGUGUGCAUGUCAGAGCUCAGGCGGGAAGAAGCCAGCCAAGUCCUGCGUGUCCCUUGCUGAGUAUUUUGUCACAGACAAGCCUCCAUUAAAGCCACAGCAGUGCUACCUACCACACACACCUUGCUGGCCCAGCCACCACUGCUGGCCUCAGCCCCUCGGCCCUCCCGCAGCCGAGGACUGGCUCUGGAGCCCAUGGCUUAGCAGAUCCCCAGAUGUAGGUCAGUCGGUCUUACCUGUCUCUAUCCACGCUGUCAACUCCUGCCCCCACCUGGGGUCACCUGGUCACACUGGGGAGAAGGGCUAUGAAGGCCUCCAGGCUGGCCCCUCCCAGGGGAAUCCUGGAGGCCUGGGGUGGGCUCCUGCCCCUUCUGCCCUGCCUUGCCCCUGCACUGUGCUCUUGGCUCUUGUGGAAGGCAGGCUGCCCUCUUGCCCUAUUGAGGCCUCCAUGUGAAUCCACUCUGAUGCUGGGGAACCAGUGCUCCCUUACUGGGGAGAGGAUUCCAGGACCCCUUUUUUGUUGUAGCUGCCAUGAAGCCACAGCUCACCUUGGGGAAGUGACCUGCUCUCCUCUGGCUGUAUGCAGGUGGAUGGGGGGCCUUGAGUGGCAAGUUGCUUACCUAACAGGAACAGAUCCAUAGGCAGCCUGCAGGCUAGGAAGUGGCCUGGUGCAAGAUGAGCUGGGAACAAGGGAGGAGAGAGUGGGAGCUAGGGCAGAGGCUGAGCCAGGAGGCCCAUGCGGUGAGGACACAGCAGGCCCAGGACCAUGGCUGGGGGUAUAUGUCAGAACCUGGAAGUUGAGUACAGGCUGAAGCAGCCAGCCAUGUGGGCCAGGUGCAUUCAUUCAGAGUGGGGCCACAGAGCCACCUACCCAGUUUCCACUUGUGGCUCCUGCCACACCCACAGGGCAGCCUCCUCCAAAUCCCUCUCCGGGACAGGUCAGCCCUGAAGCCUCCUUGAACUAGUCUGCAAACCCUGCUCUAUGCUGACCCUUGUUGCUGAACCCUGAACUGUCUCUUCUUGACUUAUAUGAAUAAAUGAAAUUACAUGCCAAGGGCCCUAAAAAGCAAAUUUUA